AUGAGCACCCUGAAGCCAUGGGAAGAAAUUGUCGCCAAAAAAAGAUCGCUCAGGGACAAGGCUCUGAAUCCUUAUUUUGUCGAUGACAUCCAUCUCAGGCCCGAAAGAGUAGCAAAUGUUGCGGAUAGGUCUCGUAUCGAGCCCCAGGCUGCUCAGACUAUCACUGAAAUCGACAGCAUCGAGCGAUUGCAUGAGUCCGUCGGCCGGGGGGAAUUCACUGCUGAGGAUGUCACGCUGGCAUAUAUCAAGAGAGCAACAGUGGCACAUCAACUGACGAAUGCCCUCACCGAAAUAGUAUUUGAAGAAGCGCUCCAGCAAGCCCGGGAGCUUGAUAAAUCGUUCAAAGCAACGGGCAAGGUUAAGGGGCCGCUUCAUGGCAUUCCUGUCACACUGAAGGACCAGUUUGAUCUCAAGGGCGUCGAUUCAACACUGGGGUAUGUAGGGCGUUCCUUCUCGCCGGCGGCUGAAGAUGCUGCUCUGGUGCAGAUUCUGAAGAGCCUAGGGGCUAUCAUUCUUUCAAAGACAAACCUAAGAGUAUCAUGGUGCUGGUGUGAAACCGAAAAUCCCCUUUUCGGCCUGACUGUGAAUCCACGCAACUCUAAAUUCACCCCUGGAGGCUCGACUGGUGGAGAAAGUGUCCUUCUCGCCCUCCAUGCCUCGAUUUUGGGAUUUGGAACAGAUAUUGGCGGCAGUAUUCGGAUCCUUCAGCAUAUGUUAGGCUUAUAUGGGCUGAAACCGAGUAGCGGCCGUUUGCCCUACUAUGGCACCGCCGUCUCCACGGAGGGUCAAGAACACGUUCCGUCCUCUAUCGGGCCCAUGACCCGCGAUCUCUCGUCCAUAAUAUACAUCUCCCAACACCUCGCGAACUCGCAGCCAUGGGCCCUCGACCCGCGCUGCGCCCCGCUCCCCUGGCGCAACGAGGUCUUCACCGAAAUCCAAUCACGCCCCCUCGUCAUCGGCCUCACCCUCGACGACGGCGUCGUAAAAGUCCACCCCCCAAUCCAGCGCGUCCUGCACGAACUAUCCGCCAAGCUCCAAGCAGCCGGCCACGAAGUCAUCCCCUGGAACACAGACGGCCACCAAGAAUGCAUCGAUAUCAUGGAUACCUUCUACACCGUCGACGGCGGCGAGGAUAUCCGCAACGACGUCAUGGCCGCCGGCGAGCCGUUCCUCCCCCAUGUUGAGAGGCUCGUUAACAGGGGCAAACCCAUCUCCGUCUACCAAUACUGGCAGCUGAACAAGCGCAAGAUCGCCGCGCAGAAGCGGUAUCUGGAUAAGUGGAACUGGGUGCGCGGGCCGGAGUCGAAUCGGAUAGUGGAUGUGCUGCUCGCGCCGACGAUGCCGCAUGUCUCCGUCCCGCAUCGGUGCUGUCGCUGGGUCGGGUAUACGAAGGUGUGGAACUUUUUGGAUUAUUCGGCGCUUACGUUUCCUGCUGGUGAGGUUUGUAAGGAGAGAGAUAGACUUCCUGUUACGCCCUACAAGCCGCGGAACGAGCUUGAUGAAUGGAACUGGGGGCUGUAUGAUGUGGACACGAUGGCAGGACACCCGGUUAAUCUGCAGAUUGUGGGGAAGAAAUUGGAGGAGGAGAAAGUGUUGGGUGCUGCUGUGGUUAUCGAAAAGGUUAUGCGGGGAUCGUAA